UCAACACUCCCUUGACCAGCUGCCGCACCGCCACCGCCGCGGACACUCCUCGCCUCCCCAACAAAGCCACGCGUGCGUGCUCACUGCUCAGCUCGCAGACCUUCCCAGCCAUGGCGACGCCGACUCCCACUCCCACCUCGCCCGCUUCCAUCCCGUCGUCCGUCGGUCGUGGCGGCUUCCUCCUCGCUCGCGCCCGGGUCGCCCCUGGCGCUGGCGGCCGAUGGGCGGUCCGCGCCCAGCCGGCGGCGGCCGAGCUGGUGGAGCGGUCGGUGAACACCAUCCGGUUCCUGGCCGUGGACGCCGUGGAGAAGGCCAAGUCCGGCCACCCGGGGCUCCCCAUGGGGUGCGCACCGCUGGGCCACGUCCUCUUCGACGAGUUCCUCCGCUUCAACCCCGCCAACCACGCCUGGUUCGACCGCGACCGCUUCGUGCUCUCCGCCGGCCACGGCUGCAUGCUCCACUACGCGCUGCUCCACCUCGCCGGAUACCAAGGCGUCACGAUAGAUGAUCUUAAAGCUUUCCGGCAGUGGGGAAGCAGAACUCCUGGCCAUCCAGAAAACUUUGAGACAGAUGGUGUUGAAGUCACAACUGGUCCUCUGGGGCAGGGCUUUGCAAACGCAGUUGGACUAGCACUUGCUGAGAAACACCUGGCUGCUCGCUUCAACAAGCCCGAUUUAACUGUCGUGGACCAUUACACGUAA